AUGGCACUAUUCGCGGUAUGGGAGCAGUGUUCGCCCGCGUACAAAGUCGCAAUGGCCCAGCAGUACGGUGCCAUCGGCGCGAUUCUCUACUCGGAUCCGGCUGAAGUGGCGCCCAACGGCACCUUAGAAAAAGACGUGUACCCAAAUACCGUGUAUAUGCCUGAGCAUAGUGUUCAGCGAGGUACGCUCCAUAUCGGCAAUGGAGACGUUCUGUCGCCGUUGUAUGCUGGAAAGCCAAACUUGUGGAAAACAGGAUCUGUGGAGAAG